ACUUGGGUGGAGGGAGGAUAGACGGGUAUGAGUGGGCGAGCUGGUAGAUGGGUGGGUGGGUUGAAAGAUAUACAUUUAAGAACUGCUGAAUGGGCUUGUUAGUCCAAUAUCAGCUCUCCAAGGAACACGUCUAGCUCUCCACAGAAAGUACUGAGGAGGUUAUUGGAACAAUUGUACUUUGUCUUCGAUGUUGGGUCAUCGUCCUUACCUUCUGGUGGUGGUUCUGAUCGCGGCUACGUUGCCCUAUAGAACACUGGGUCAGAGGGCAGAGACCUACUGCUUCACAGAUGACCCUGACCCCUAUAUCAAGUUUGGCACCAAGACUGCUUACACCUUGGCUAAUGGAGAGUUUACCCAUGAGGACCUUGUUCCAGCAGGGUGCGAGGCCCGGCAGGCGUGGCACCUGGUGAGGCAUGGCACCCGCUACCCCUCGGAGGAUGACAUCGCUGUCUUCCUUGUCCUCCUACCCACGCUCCAGGAUGCCAUCCUCCUCGCUCACCAAGAUGGUCAAGGAGAGUUGUGUGAGGGAGACUUGAAGCUGCUGGCGGACUGGUCGCUGGGAGACCUCAACGUGAGCUGGGCUAACGUGCUCACAUCUCAGGGACACCUGGAGUUAGAAGGCCUCGCGACCAGGUACAAAGAAGCCAUCCCGCUCCUCCUAGAUCAACCCUUCACAAACGAGUCGUUCAAGUUCCGACACACGGCCACUCAGAGGACGGAGGCCAGCGCGAGGUCCUACGCUCAGGGACUCUUCGGCAGUGACGUCUACAUUCCAUCUCCCAUCGACCCAGAUCCUCUACUCAAGUUCUACAAAGUGUGCAACGACUACGUGACGGAGGUAGCGGACAACCCUGAGGCAACGAUAGAGAGUCAACUGUAUCAGGAGGGAGAGAAGAUGGCUACUGUUGUUGACAAUGUCUCCCUACGCCUCGGCAUCCCCCUCGGCUUCGAGGAGAUUGAGGUGUUGUACGAUGCCUGUCGCUACUACAAGGCCUGGGACCCUACCGCUGCUGCUGCCUGGUGCGUGGCGUUCACAUCUGACGACCUCAAGGUGAUGGAAUACUGGGAAGACCUUUAUUACUACUACACCAACGGCUAUGCCUAUCCCAUUAACUACGAGAUGGCGUGUCCUCCCGUACAGGACCUCAUUCAGCACUUCAGUGAGGUGGUGGAGAGCGGGGAAGGUCCCAGUGGAGUCUUCUACUUCACACACGUCGAUGCUCUGGUUCCUGUGAUGACGCGCCUGGGACUAUAUAAAGACCCCGAACCUCUCACUCACGACCAUGAGGACCCAGACCGUCUCUGGCGCUCUUCCUCACAUGGCAUCUUCGCCACAAACCUGGCCUUCACCCUCUCUUCCUGCGGCGCCGACGAGUGGUGGGUGAGUCUUGCGAUGAGCGAGCAGGUGGUGGCACUAGGUGGGUGUGCCAGCCCCUUGGGAUGUACGUGGGAAGAGUUCAUGGCUACCUACGGCUUCCUGGAACAGUGUGAUUUGGAUGCCAUCUGUAACAACGCAUCUACUUGAAGUAGCUCCUCGGCAGCCAGUCGUGAUAGCUAGUUGAUGUGAGUGACGAGGUCCUCCACGUGAAUAUCCAACCUCUUCAUCUUCUCACAUGCUGCUUGUUCUGGAGAGCCAACUUCUUCACCUGGGCAGGAAACAUCAUCUAGAUCCUAGAAUACCCGGACAACAGAUCUCUUCACCUAACAUCAAACAUCCUCAACUAGAAUACCUGGAUGAUUAACAUCGUCACUUUGAUCGUAGAAUAACUUUUUUUAUCAUACUUCUUCAGCCAGGUCUAUACCUUCAUGCUAUAUUAAAAGCGCAUAUCACGUAUUAAUUAUGAGAUAUUAACAAAGAUUUAAAAAAAUAUAUUAAAAAUAAAAAAAAUUGACCCUGUCAGUUUGACUUAAAAUCCACUGUGAGUUACCUGAAGUGAGAGAAUGUGUUGUGAAUUUAAUCUUGACAACCAGCACUUCAAAAGAUAAACAGGAAACCCAAUAGUCAAUAAAAUCGGGAAAUUGACAUCUGCUUAUUCCAACAACAAUCCGAAACGUCCAUUAAGUAAGAUAUAACAGUUUUGAAAGCUUGAGGACGACCAUAAGAGCGGCUCUUACCUUAUCACAUGUUAAACAGUACACCAGUUUCAUUAAUGUUCUUGGUAAACUGGCGUCUGUGCAACCUAUUAAUAGGCCAUUAUACGGAAACCAUCCGGGAAGAGGUAACUAAAAAAAUGUUCCAAAUAUACGUAAUAAUAAUUUAGUGUAUACCGCAUAUGACUAAGAUUUGGAAAAGAUGACGUUGCAUCGAACUCUAAAUAUCUUUCAAAUGAUGACAAGGAAAUUGGUUCCAUUUUUUCUUACAUUUAAUGCUUUUUACUGAAUACUAAAAUAAAAGUAAUAAUAA